GAUUACAGAGUCUUGUGGCUGCAGAUCUGUUGUGGUAGACGUGGUAGUUUACGUGAUGUCAGAAGCUCAUCAGUAAAGGAAGCGUUCUUAACUCCAAACUUUAAUGAAGUUGUCGUAGUCUGAGUAAAAAUAAUAAAUAUGUUGGAUUUUGCAAUUUUUGCGGUCACAUUUGUUGUCAUCCUGGUCGGCGCAGUUUUGUAUUUGUAUCCGUCAAGCAGACGAGCCUCUGGGAUCCCAGGUCUUAACCCAACAGAGGAGAAGGAUGGAAAUCUGCAGGACAUUGUGAACAGGGGCAGCCUGCACGACUUCCUGGUCAGUCUGCACGACAGGUUUGGCCCCGUGGCGUCGUUUUGGUUUGGCCGCCGCCCCGUUGUCAGCCUUGGGUCAGUCGAUCUGCUGCAGCAGCACAUCAACCCCAACCGCACCACGGACUCUUUUGAGACCAUGCUGAAGUCGUUGCUGGGUUACCAGUCAGGACUGAGUGGGGAUGCGACUGAGGCUUUGAUGAGGAAGAAAGUGUGUGAGAACGCCAUCGACCGCACGCUGGAACACGGCUUUCCUGCGCUGCAGAAGCUGGUGGAGGAGCUGGCACAGAAGUGGCUGUCCUUUCCCCCCUCUCAGCACACCCCUCUCUGCGCACACCUGCUGGGAUUGGCCAUGAAGGCUGUCACUCAGCUCUCCAUGGGCAACCGUUUCCUCGAUGAUGCUGAGGUCCUCCGCUUCCGCAAGAACCAUGAAGUGAUCUGGUCGGAGAUGGGCAUGGGCUACAUGGAUGGGUCUCUGGAGAAGAGCUCCACCCGUAAGAAGCGUUACGAGGAAGCGCUGUCUGAGAUGGAGUCUGUGCUUAAGUCAGUGGUGAGCGAGAGGAAGGGUAUGACCUCCAGCCAAUCAGCAUUCAUGGACUCCCUGCUGAAGGCCAACCUCACAGAGAGACAGGUGAUGGAGGACAGCAUGGUGUUUACCCUAGCAGGAUGCGUCAUCACUGCUAACUUGUGCAUCUGGGCGGUGUAUUUCCUGUCGACGUCAGAGGAAGUGCAGGAGAAGUUGUACAGAGAACUGAAAACAGUCCUCGGGGAGGGGCCUAUUUCUCUGGACAAGAUCCCACAACUCACGUACUGCCGACAGGUUCUGAACGAGACGGUUCGUACUGCCAAACUGACGCCUGUCGCGGCCCGACUGCAGGAGGUGGAAGGGAAAGUUGGUCAGCAUGUAAUUCCCAAAGAGACCCUAGUGAUCUACGCCUUAGGCGUGGUCCUACAGGAUGCGGACACCUGGAAUCUUCCCUACAGAUUUGACCCAGAUCGAUUUGAGGAAGACGCAGCUAAAAGGAGCUUCUCCCUUCUUGGUUUCUCAGGGAACCAGGCCUGCCCGGAGCUUAGGUUUGCCUACACGGUGACUACUGUCCUUCUCAGCUCCUUGGUGCGCAAACUAAAGUUCCACCAGAUAAAGAGCCAGGUGAUUGAGGCCAGGUAUGAACUGGUGGCCACCCCUAAAGAUGACACCUGGAUCACUGUGAGCCGGAGGAGUUAACUCCAAGGUUGUCCCAUAUUUCAUUAAGAGAGGAAGACUGUGUUUGUCCUGACAUGCAUUUGUCCCUUCCAUGAUUUACAACCCAGGUGAUCAACUUCUUUGUAAAUGACACUGAAACAGUCCAGCUGGAAGUAAAUGAUGGACCCCAGUUUCAGGGCAAGAAAAGUAUUAGCUUGGCUCCUAAAUUUCUGUCCCAUUUAUCUGACCUCUUGUCUGAACAAUAACCUCAAUCUGACAUGAAAGUCUUACUCCACUUCUGUUCUACGAGGACAAGUGUGCUCAUCAUGGUGCAAGACAUAAUUGUUGUGGAAAUCGACACCUCUUCAACGCCAUUCCUUCUGACCUUAGCCUCAGUGCCCAGACCACCACGGUGUGAAAACAGUGGCUGUUAAUCGUCCCCCACCUUACUCUUUUGACAGAAUGGAAAUUACAUUUUGCUUUGUAAAUAAAAUUGCCUUCAACACUU